UGAGUCUCCUCCCACACCGUUGAAGGAACUGGAAGUGUUAUACAUGUAUACUAUAGUCACAGUGGAGGACUGGACGACAAUGAAGAUUAGAGCCCUUCUAAUAUUAACACUACUAUCCUUAGUAUGUUGUGAGGCUUCACUAGAGCUCUUACUAUCGUCCUAUCAAAACCCAUCACAUCAACUCUACACUGGCCGCUGCUGUGACUCCCUCUCCACUACUCUGUGUCACCUGGAUCCCUGUGACAACGCUCUCACUCUUUGUCUCCUCCCUCGACUAAUACACACUACUACGGGACCUUAUAUAAAAGAGAGGAGCUUCGAGAGACUAGUUUGUCCGGAGGGAUGGAGUACUGUUGAUCUGGGGCUGGUGUCAAUGGACUCUGACAACGUGAGCUUCCCUGGAGAGAGGAGAUGGAUUAACCAACGGAAGAGACUCGGUAAUCCCCUCACACUCAGCGGAGAGCAGUGGAAGGAUGGCUUCAAGCUGCUGGUGCUGGUGGCUGACUUUGAUCGCGAUGUGAGGGAACUAGUGAAUGUAUUGGCUGCUGAUUGGGACCCUCUGGUUACCAGUAACAAGUUCCCGCCCCCUCGUAUUGUGAGGGGUGUGGGGCGUGGAGACGUGACCCUCGCUCUCAGUGCUCGUGUGAGGAAUGUCAAACACACAAAAAAGCCUUUGAUAGUAGCCACACCAGAGCCCCCCACCAUUCUUAAGAGCUCCUCUGAUGAUUCUUCUCCUCUUUCUUCUCCUCUGACAUUGACUCCCACCACACAACUAUCAACUACUGUACAGGCAACCUCACAGGAGACAAUGACACUAUCUAUGCAGGGGGUCACAACUCAGGCUAUGCAGGGGGUCGCAACACAGGCUAUGCAGGGGGUGACAGUGUUGGGUGCUGCCCAGUCAAAGGAAAACGUUCGAGGUGUAGUUAAGAGCAGCGGUUCUGUUAUGAGUGGCGGGACAGUGGGUGCAGUAGUGGGCGGAGUCUUGGGGACUGUGUCAGUGAUAGUGCUGAGCCUAUUAGUCGUGGUCAUGUGUCUAAACUGUCUCAAGAAGAAGCGGAGGGAUGAACAAGUCAUGCUCACUGGCAACACUGACUCUGAGGUGGCCGCACUGCGCACUGGACCAAUGGACAACCCCAACUAUACCGUCUCCCCUAACACUAACUCUCAGUCCGGACAUGGCUUCAACAACUCCCUCUAUGGUGCACUCAGUCAAGGAGGAUUAUCACAUGACAAUCACAUGACCCCAUCCCCUCCUCCACAAGAGCCGAUACACUCUCAAUACAGUCAAAUAUCCCGUGAACAUAUGGAGAACAAUUCUCUAGUAGACAGUGGUUCCUACUCUCAAGUCACAGAGCCACCAUUACCGGCUGGGUACAGUGUGGUCAGUAGAGAGCAUAUAGAGGAGGAGGAAUACAGUGUUGUCACUAGGGAGAACAUGACUGAUGGUUAUAGUGUUGUAACUAGGGAACACUUGGAGGAGGCCUCUGACUCAGAGGAGGAGGAAUCACAUGACUUUAGUACUAGUAAACUGUUGACUGGACACUAGCUAUAGUGUACAUGUGUGUGUGUUUAUGGUUUUUAUUCCAUUUUUUUUUGCUUGCAUUGCUUGUAGUUUAAGUGGUUUGUGGGAAUGUGAUCAUGUAAUGAUUAGUUGAAUUUAGGA